AUGAAUUACAGGCCACGAUUGUUGGACUGCAAAGGAAACCUACAUCGUUGGUGGUCGGACUCCGCAAUAGAAGCGUUCCACCAUCGCGCGCAAUGCCUUAUAGACCAAUAUGGCCAAUAUGUAGUGCCUGAAGUUAAUAUGAAAUUAGACGGCGUUAAUACACAAUCCAUACAUUGCACAGCAGCUUCCGCGCGCUUUGCGCUCCCGGCGGUAAAAAAUGGAACUAAAUCUCUACAUUCUGGGCGAGUGCUAUACAAAUUU